AUGCUGUCCAGAAUACAGGUGUCCAACCCUUUGAAUUCCUGUGCAGGCAAGUACGACCCCUGCAUUGACUCGGAGACCGAAGCGUACCUGAACCGGCGCGACGUGCAGCUGGCGCUGCAUGCCAACAUCAGCGGCCAGCUCCCCGGCCCCUGGACGGACUGCACACAGAGGAUUGAGUACUCGAGGAGCGACCUGCUGUCCUCCAUGCUGCCGCUGUACCGCCGGCUGCUGGACGAGGAGGACAUCAAGAUUCUGGUGUACAGCGGCGAUGUGGACGCCAUUGUGCCAGUGAUCGGCACCCGCCGCUGGAUCGCGUCCCUGGACCUGCCCCGCACCGCGCCCUGGCGAGCCUGGCACUCCGCCACCGGCCAGGUGGGCGGCUGGACGGUGGGCCACGGCAAGCUGACGUUUGCGUCUGUGCGGGGCGCUGGCCACAUGGCGCCAUACACGCAGCCGGAGCGCGCCCACUUCCUCUUCAGCAAGUGGAUCCACCAGCAGCCGCUCUAG